ACGUCCGAUGUCAAGUGGUUGUAGCGGAAACAUUAUUUACUGGUCCUUUUUAAAUCAGUUGUGACAACCGUUAUAAAAAAAACCUAUUAUUUUAAUUUAAUUAUAAGAUACUUAUAUCUGAAUCUUAUUAAAAUUAUUUUCUAAGGCAAGGAUGACGCAGAACAGUUUAGAACUCAUUAUUGAUAAUAAAAAAGUUGUGUCAAGCUUUAACGUUUUUAUUUAAAAGAAGCACUUACUAUUAAUAACAACACUUUUAAUAAGUUUCAAGUUUUAAAUUCAUAAAUCAUUGUUUUUCACUUUCGAACCGAGAGAAUUAACAAACUUUCUAAAUAAAAUCCAACACACAAAACAACAACAGAACACAAAAGUGGGGAAAAGUGACAACUCAAAUGUUGCGUUACCAAUCAUAACAAAUUGUCGGAUUAUUGUUAUCGAAGUAUUGAUGUGGCAAGAAUUCGAGAUAUUGACAUAAAAUUCAAUAGUCAAAUUUAUAAAACUAAAAUGUAAAUGAUUUUAUUAGUUAUUUAGCUAUUUCACUAGAUCUGCAGAAGAUUGUUAAAUAAUUGUGUAUAUAUGUAUGUUCCGGUGAUUGAAUAUUCUUGGUUGAAAUCGGUUGUAUGGCAUCACUACUACAGCGCUGCGACGGAUUGCUAGGCUGAAGGUUCCGCUGCCUUUUCGGCCAUCGUCAUCGGCAUCGUUUACCUCUGUCCGCAGUCGUCGUUGGAAGUCGUUUGCUUCGCAUUGGCGUAGCUUCGCAGUUUGUAGUGUCGUAUAUAGUUACACAAAUAGCAAAUGUCUACUACCUAGAAUUUAAAAAAAAACAGCUCUGCUUCAAUUGGAAAAAAAUUCACUGCAUGCAGCGACUGUUGACUGCGAUAAUUUUAGAGAUCUUUGUACGAAAUCCAAGAGUAAAAUUCGUUGACGAAGUUCUGUGGACGUCUCGGUGGGCAGAGGCAGAGCAAUAAACGUGCUGGUUUAAUUAAGCGAUAAACUCGUAAAUUAUUAAUUUGAACGAUAACUAACAGAGAAGAAAUGGAUAAAUUGGAUACCAAUUUGGAACAACAAUUUGAUCUGAAUCUCAUCGAAGCGGUCAAAAUGAAUCCAGUCAUAUACGACCGUUCCCACUACAAUUACAAGCACUUUGUAAGGAAGGCGCAAACAUGGAAGCAAAUCGCCGAAUCGCUUGGAGUGCCUGAACAAAAAUGUACGAAACGUUGGAAGAGUUUGCGCGACAAAUUUGCACGUGAAAUGAAAUUGUGCCAGGAAUCUCGUUGGCGUUAUUUUAAACAAAUGCAAUUCCUGGUGGAUUCCAUAAGACAAUAUCGUGAAUCUCUUUUGGGUAAAUGUAAUACCGUACAACAGAAUACAAAUCAAGUAGCUCAAGUUGACCCGAAUCAGCAGCAACAACAACCGCAGCAACAAGCUGUUGUUGAUAUAUUUGCGCAACCCUUUAACAGUAGUGCUACAACUUCGGCACAGGCAAUCGCACAUCCGCAUGUUACAGGCGACACGCAAUUGGCCACAACUGGUAAAGAUCAAAAACCAUACUUUUAUGAACCACCUCUGAAGCGUGAACGUGCCGAAGACGAUAAUCACGAUAAUAUGUUAAAUACGAUUAAAAUUUUCCAAAAUUCGAUGUCGCAAGCUGUUAGCGCUGAGGAUCAGUCGUUUGGUAUGGUUGUCACAGACAUGCUUAACACUUUGGGUGUUCGACAAAAGGCCGAAGCUAAGGUGCAUAUUAUCAAAUAUCUUACAGACAUGCAAUUGCUGGCACAGCAUAAUAAAUAUUAAUAUAAAAACGCAUUAUAAUCAAUACAUCAAAUGUGUGUGGGUGCGUAUAAGCAGUAGUUUUUGUAAUAGUCAUCUUAUGUACCAAUACAAAAGAUAAUUAGCUUAAAAUAUAGUGUUGCGAUUUGUAAGCAGCUAAGUGUCGUGCAAAAAAGGACCUAGAAAUAUGCACUUAUUAUUAUUUUUAUUUUAAUGAAAUGCUACAAAUCUAAAUUUAAUUUAAUUUUAACAUAACAUGCGGUAAAAUCGUUUAAUAAAUAUUUAAACAAUCAAGAUGCUUUAAAACAAUUUUUACUAUAUAAAUGAUUUUAAACUUAAUAAUUUCAAUAAAUUAUUUAUAAAAAAACACAAGUUGAUGUACAUAUGUAUAAUAUAACAAGAUCUGUAUUAUUAUAUUUUUUGUGUGUUAUCCAAUAACUUAACAGGAAACACUACACAUAUAGGAACCUGUGACUACAUUAAUUGAAACAAAUUGAAUCGCAGCAGCUGAAUUAAUUAACGAAAUUUUUUAAUGUAAUUUUUCGGCAUUUUUAUUUUAAAUUUAAUUCCUCAUCAAAAUUUUUAUUUUCUGCUUAAGACAGCAACAUAUACCAAUCUAAUAUGGGUUUCUUAGAUAUAUUCUUUAAGAAACAUUUAUUCCUCGGGCUAAAUGUAACAAAUUGCUUAACGUUUUAAUGAAAAUAAUAUAUUGUAGAUUUUUAAUUUAUAAACAUAAGUCUUUAA